AUGGGAGUACCUUUACUAGCCACCAAAAGGAAAAAUCUAGGAUUACAGUCAGAGAAAAAAAAAACUACAACAGCAGCAGCAGCAGCAGCAGCAGCAGCAGCAGCAGCAGCAGCAGCAGCAGCAGCAGUAGUAGUUGUUGUGGGGAAUAUGAUGGGAGUGGCUAUAGAUAUAGAAAUAAUAAUUAUUAUUAUAAUAAUAAAUAUUAUAAAGAUGGGUACUAUAGAGAUGAUUACUAUUAUAAUAGGAAGAGAAGGAGCAGAGAUAGAGACAGAGAUAGAGACAGAGAUAGAGAUAGAGAUAGAGAUAGAGAUAGAAGCAGAGAUAGAAGCAGAGAUAGAGAUAGAGAAAGGGAUAGAGAUAGAAGCAGAGAUAGAAGCAGAGACAGAAGCAGAAGCAGAGAAAGGGAUAGAAGCAGAAGCAGAGACAGAAGCAGAGACAGAAGCAGAGACAGAGACAGAAGCAGAGAUAGAGAUAUAA